GGUUUAGAUAAGGACCGGUAGAAUACAGACUACAGGUAAAAACGAAGGUUCUGUUUAUUCUGCUCUUGUUGGUGCAGUAUUGGGUCGUAUGCACAUAGGCCAUGUUAUUCGGUAAGUCUGUAUGGAGAUCAGCUCCAUGUGUUCCCAUCUCGGACAUUUACGUUUCUGUUCUGUUCCACUUAGAACCACAGAUCACCCGCAAGGAGAACCUCAGCAGUUUAUGCAACGGAACAUGCUGAUCAAUCUGUGACUGAAAGGGUUCUUGUGUCCAACCAUCCUGGUUCCUGGAGGUGGACUGAAGCCUCCGGGAUAGCCAGUUAUAGGAUCUGAUUCUGUGCGAGAAGUUCCGCGCACUCUGAGUCCAAGUAAUGGUGCUGCUCAGCACAGAGUCAGACACAGAACUCUUGGGUCCGUGCAGGACUACUCAGUCCGGGCUUAAUGUCCUCUCAGCGGACAGGCAUCCAGCAAGAUGCCGGUCUUCCUCGCCUCUGAGCCGGGGGGUUGUCGCCAAUCCAAGCCGCAAAGGAAGCUUGGUGAUGCGGACUCUGUUCCGCCCGCUGUGGUUGUUCCCUAAAGCUGUCGGCCUGUCCCUAUCUGGGCCCCGGGCCCCCGUGCUCGUAGGGCUCCUUAGUGCAUAAUCUGGACUGGGACUAGAACCCAGCCGGAGCCGAACUACAAUGAGUUUAAAGCUAGGUUAUUCCAGCAGCGGGGCAGCCUGCAGCUCUGUCCGCGGCUCUGGUUUCAUCCUCCGCCUUUGUCUCAUGUUUUCCCCCGGAGGUCCUCCCCCUGCGGCGCGGGGCGGAGUUUCAUACCGAGCCAGACGCUCCUUUUGUCGGAUUCGUUUCGAGUUGACUCCCCGGGGUUUACGGGUGAAAAACAGGCACUUAAAAAGGCUCAGAAUCAGCCGAACCGACACAGUGCUGUUCGGGAACUAUCCGGGCGUUCAACAGAAUCAUCAGAGGAGCAAGAGGGUGGAGUCUUCUUCGUCAGCCGCUGCAGGAUGAACGGCAGCAGCAGCAGCGUCUCUGCGGCUCAGAGCCCCAGGAUCAAAGCUCAAGCAGAUGGUUGGAGUAAGGAGGACUGCCUGACUCUGCUGGAGAGAAUCCGCAGCCUGCUGCCAGAAGGAGACGCCAUGAAGUAUAAAACCACGGAGUCGCACUUUGACUGGGACAAAGUUUGCUUCGGCAGCUUCACCGGAGAAAUGUGCCGCCAGAAGUGGCAGAGGGUCUCAUCUGAGGUUCGAAAGUACAGAACUAUGACGGAGCUCAUAGUGGAUGCCAUUGAGUUUGUGAAGAACCCAUACAAAGGCAAGAAGCUGAAGACUCACCCAGACUUCCCCAAAAAACCUCUCACUCCCUACUUUCGCUUCUUCAUGGAGAAACGAGCCAAAUAUGCAAAAAUCCACCCAGAGAUGAGCAACCUGGACCUGACCAAGAUUCUGUCCAAGAAGUACAAGGAGCUACCUGACAAGAAAAAGCAAAAGUACAUCACAGAGUUCCAGCGGGAGAAGGAGGAGUUUGAGAAGAACAUGGCUCGGUUCAGGGAGGAACACCCAGAGCUUAUGGAGCAGAGGAAAAAGUCAGACCUGCCAGAAAAACCCAAAACACCCCAACAGCUGUGGUACAACCACGAGAAGAAGGCCUACAUGAAGCUGCAUCCAGAGGUGAGUCAAAAAGAACUGAAGGAGGCUCUCAGGAGACAGUGGUCCCAGCUGCCUGACAAAAGGAGACUGAAGUGGAUCAGCAAAGCCCUGGAGCUCCAGAAAGACUAUGAGGACAGUAUGAAAGUGUACCACGAAGCCCACCCAGACGUCAACUCAGAAGAUCAUGUCCGCUCUGUCCUCACCAAGGCUGAGAGACAGCUGAAGGAUAAGUUUGAUGGGCGACCGACCAAACCUCCACCAAAUGGCUACUCGCUGUACUGCGCCGAACUGAUGAUCAACAUGAAGGACGUCCCCAGCACGGAGCGCAUGGUCCUCUGCAGCAAGCAGUGGAAGAUGCUGACGCAAAAAGAGAAGGACAUGUUCCAGAAACGCUGUGAGCAGAAAAAGAAGCAGUACGACGUCGACCUGCAGCGCUUCCUAGAGAGCCUUCCUGAGGAGGAACGAGAGCGAGUCCUGUCAGAGGAGAAAAUGGGCGGGUCCAAGUUGAAUGUGGGCGUGGCUCCCAGCCCACACAGAGCCAAGUCUCCAUCAGUGAAGGAGCGCAGUCGGGAGCCGGAGACAGAAGCAUGGGUACCUGCCGGACCGCCCAAAGAUAGACGGGAUGGGAAGAAGAUAGUCAAGCUUCCAGAAACACCAAAAACUGCUGAAGAGAUGUGGCAGCACAGCGUGAUCGGAGACUACUUGGCGAAGUACAGAAGUGACCGUAGGAAGGCACAGGUGGCGAUGGAGGCAGCCUGGAGGUCCAUGGAAAAGAAGGAAAAGAUUCCAUGGAUUAAGAAGGCAGCAGAGGACCAGAAGCGUUACGAGGUUCAGUACCAACCUGUGAGGGAGCUGUUUGAGAUGAGAACACCAGCUACAGGUCAGAGGAAGCCCAAGUUUGAUGGAGAACCGAAGAAGCCUCCAGUGAGUGGGUACCAGAUGUUCUCCCAGGAGCUGCUGACCAACGGCGAGCUGAACCACUUCAGCCUGAAGGAACGCAUGGUGGAGAUCGGCAAACGGUGGCAGAAGCUGAGCCAGACCCAGAAGGACAAGUACAAGAAGCUGGUGGAGGAGCAGCAGGUGGAGUACAAGGCGGAGCUAGAGACCUGGGUCAAGUCGCUGUCACCGCAGGAUCGAUCCGUCUACAAAGAGUUCACGUCCUCGAAACGCCGCAGCACCUCAAAAGCCACCAGCAGCCCGGUGGCCAAAGUCCGCGUAACGGCGAAGGGGAAGGCAGGAGGUUCGAGAGCGGUGACUCCAGGGGUCAGCGUGGGAAAAAGGGCCAUGGCGUACCGCGCCAAGCAGGAUAUGUCCGACUCAGACGAAGAGGAGAAAAGCGACUCCUCAGACUCUGAUGAAGAUGACGAAACAUCAGGAAGCACAGACAGUGAGGAGGAAGAUGAGAUCACCCUGGAGGUCAUCAGUGAGAGGAAUGAGAUGAAUGAGGAUGAAGAGGAGGAUGAUGAUGACCAAUCUUCCACCGAAGAAUCCAGCGAGUUGGACUCGGAUUAGCCCCGCCCCUCUCCCUGAUAGAAGAGAACAGGCUGUGCAGGCCACGCCUCCUCACCUGCCAAUCAUCCAGGCAUACCAAUGAGGCAGUGACGUCUUAAGUGGGGCGGAGCUUGACAGAGCGUUUUGUUACAAGUGUUUUAGUUUUUAACGACUGUUGGUUUUUAUCUGACGGACGUUUUUAAGUCGAUGACGGCUUCCGUUUGUUCCUUAAUUUUGGGCGGGCAUUGAUGGGAGGGGUUUGAUUAUGAUGACGUGUAGGGGGCGGAGUCUGUUACCCUUGAGGGAGGAGUCAGAGUUGUAGCUCCAGUCAGCUGGAGGAAAUGAAAAACAAAAUAAAUGCACUUUUCCAAA